AUAAAUGCAAAAUGACAAUUGUUUGUGAAAUGCUGUAAUUUUAUUUAUCGACAAUCGUUUCUAUGUAAUAUUAUUGGUGUUAUUUAUAACAUAGUUAAUACACAAGAAAGAUUAAAAAGCUAAAAGUGAAGUGUAACAAAUAUAACGGUAAAAACGUAAGGCGUCAUGCCUUCGAUAGACGUAAUUGUGCCGCCAGGCCAACCGCCAGAAGUAACACCAGAGGAGCCCCAGGCGCCUCCGCCACCUGUCAUUGGUAUUAUUUAUCCACCCCCUGAAGUAAGGAACAUCGUCGAUAAGACUGCCAGUUUUGUGGCACGUAACGGUCCUGAGUUUGAAGCCCGUAUCCGACAAAAUGAACUGGGCAACCCCAAGUUUAACUUCUUGAACUCGGGUGAUCCAUACCAUGCAUACUAUCAGCACAAAGUAAAGGAGAUCAGAGAAGGGAAAGGGCCCGACCCAUCUGCACCAUCCUCUGGGCCACCAAUACAACGUCCAGGGCUCGCUCCAGCCACCGCUGCUCGUCAGCAAGAGUUACUCAAGGCGGCCGCUCCGGCAGAGCCACCACCGCCACGCGAUCCACCACCAGACUUCGAGUUCAUAGCAGACCCACCAUCAAUAUCUGCCCUAGAACUCGACAUUGUUAAAUUAACGGCUCAAUUUGUUGCUCGUAAUGGUAGGCAAUUCCUUACGGAUCUUAUGAAGAAAGAGGAGAGAAAUCACCAGUUUGACUUCUUACGACCUCAACAUUCUCUCUUUCAAUAUUUUACGCGUCUUUUGGAGCAAUACACAAAAGUAUUAUUACCACCGAAAGAACUAGUUUCGAAACUAACUGCAGAAGUGAGGAGCGGAGUACUAGAGCAGGCGCGCAGUCGAGCGGCGUGGCACUCGCACCAGGCACGCCGCAAGGCCGCAGACGAGGCCCGCAUUGAGAAGGAGAGACUAGCAUAUGCAUCCAUCGAUUGGCAUGACUUUGUGGUAGUUGAGACUGUUGAUUAUCCGGCCGGCGAACCGGGAGAGUUCCCGCCGCCCACUACUCCUCUAGAAGUCGGAGCGAGAGUGUUGGCAGAAGAGAGGGGAGAAGACAUAACUCAGGGCAUAGAGGAAGAUGACACUGAGAUGCAAUUGGAAUCCGAGUCUGACUCCGAUACGGACGAGGAGCUGGCCGAAAUGGAGGACAGAACGCAGCAGCAGCAGAGGCCCGACGACAACCGCGUGCAGGACAUGGAGGAGGACAGCUCCUCCGACGAUGACUCGCCGCCGGAACCGAAGCAGCCGGACGUGGCGCCGCUGCCGCCGCGACCGGACCGUGUCGUCGUCAAGAAGUACGAUCCGAAGCGCGCCCGGCCGCAGCCCACGCCCGCCAGCGAGGAGUGGCUCGUGUCGCCCAUCACCGGAGAGAAGAUCCCCGCUAACAAGGUGGCCGACCACGUGCGCAUCGGUCUGCUCGACCCGCGCUGGCUGGAGCAGCGAGACCGCGCCGCCGCCGAGCGCACAGACCGCGACGAGGCGCUCGCACCCGGCGCCGCCAUCGAGGCCUCGCUCAAACAGUUGGCAGAGCGUCGUACUGAUAUCUUCGGUGUGGGCGACGAGGAGACGGCGAUCGGUAAGAAGAUAGGCGAGGAGGAGAAGCGACGCGACGAACGUGUGACGUGGGACGGGCACACGAGCAGCGUGGAGGCGGCCACACGGGCUGCGCGUGCGCACAUCACACUCGAGGACCAGAUACAGCAGAUACACAAGGUGAAAGGCUUACUUCCCGAUGAGGAGAAAGAAAAGAUCGGACCGAAGCCAGUGACGGCCCCGAGCAUGUCGCGCGCCCAGCCCCGCCCCCCGCCACCGCCGGCCCCGCCCCGCGCAGCCGCACCCGCCCCCGCCCCAGCCCCAGCCCCAGCGCCCGUGCUGCUGCAGCCCAUACCACCGCUCAUGGUGAUUCCACCACUGGCCCCGCGUCCUCCGCUCAUCCCCACGCCUGUGGGGGCGCCGUACGGAUACGCGGCGGUGGCGCCCCCCGUGCCCGAGGAGGUGGAGGAGCCGACCGCCAAGCGGCCGCGCACUGAGGACGCGCUGGAGCCCGAGAGCUCCUGGCUGGCGAGACAUCCCGGACCAGCACCGAUACAAGUGUCUCUGCCGUCGCUGCCGGAGCGUACUGAGUGGCGUCUGGACGGGCGAGUGUUGCCGCUGUCGGUGGCGCUCUCGGCGACGGCUGCAGAUCUCAAGGCGCUGCUGCAGCGUGCCACAAAUAUGCCAACCGCCAAGCAGAAGCUGCAAUAUGAGGGUUUAUUCUUCAAGGACACUAACACGCUGGCGUACUACAACGUGCCGCCCGGCGCCGUCAUACAGCUGCAGGUCAAGGAGAGAGGAGGUCGUAAGAAAUAGUAGUGUGACUAGUGCUGCCAUCUCUGUUUAUUAUCUGAGCAAAGAGGUUGCAAAAAAAACUUCUACUUUGACUAGUGCUGCCAUCUGUUUAUCAUCUGAGCAAAGAGGUCGCAAGAAAUAGUUCUAUUAUGACUAGUGCUGCCAUCUCUGGAGAAUAUCAAAGAAACUUUAUAUAUUUUGG